GAACAUGAUCUAACUCUGUGGGUCAAUUGCAUCCUAUUUAUGAUCGGUUGCUUCAUGCUACGAAAUAUAUAUAGGCGCGAGGUUCAAUAAUAGUACUUACCACUACUAAAGGGUGUAUUACUUUAUAGCACAAAUUUUGAGUAUAAUGCAUGUCUAUUGUAAUAUAGUUCCUCAUAUGUAGAUAAAAUAAUACCUAAUAAAUGAAAGAAAAAGAAAAAAAAACUUAUAAAGUUGCUCAAAUUUUAAUUAUAAUGUAUUAUCAUUUUAGAAAUUGUGAAGAUAAAUUAUGGAGCAGAAUAUGGGAUCAAAUCCUCAAUAAAACCUAAGAUCUAUCUGGGAAAAUGACAGUGUCCAAUGAAUCGAAAUAAAUAAUUGCUUUCAAAAUAAUCACAGACCUGAUACAAUUAGAUAACCAAUUGCUUUAAAAAUCGCAUGCGAGUACGUUGAAGGGCUGCCAUUUAGUCAGGUGGAUAGAUCACAAAGAAAGAAAAUUGACGUCGUCCUUGUUCCGACGAAUCCUCAGGUUAAUACCUCAUCGAUCAAUCUCUCUCCUUUUCAUUUUAUAUUUCAUCUGAUUUCUCGUCAAGAUCCAAUCUUUAAACAUAAAAACUCUAUCUUGCAGCACUGGUACAGGAGGAAGAAGGUCGCCCUGCUUUUCCACUGAUGAAUAAAGCUGCUGGUUUGGCCAUCGAGGACUCUCUUGGCCCAACAAAUUUGGGAUCAGACCCUUCAGAGAUAGUUCGUCGAGCAGCUUGGGAGCAUUUCGCUGGAUUGGCUUUGUUAGUCAGAUUUAGACCUAGCAUUUGCACUCCUGCAGCAGAAACUGAGGAAAAUGAACUCCCAUUGGAACUCAUGGUUGAGCACUGGUACGAAGAUUUUCGCGGGGCAAACGAGGUCGAGGAAGACGAAGAUCUCCCUGCUUUUGCACCGAUAAAAAAAGCUACUGGUUUGUUGAUGGUCCAAAGAUGGUCCCUUUCUACUGUGAGUAUUCUAAUUCUCUCUUUAAUGUUUCAGAUCAAGUGUUUGUUUCUUCAGUUCUUGAUUUCAUUUUAUUUUUUGCUUUUCUUAUUUGCAGAGAUGGAAGCAGGUCUUCAGUUGCAGGUGUUCGUGAAGGAGAUUCCGCCGGAUUCCACACCAACUUCUUUCCACAACUCAUCACAAAAACUCGGCUUGUCAACAGGAGAAAUUAUUACUUAUCAAAACCGUUUGAAUUGCAAUAACAAAGCAUCCACCAUGAGUUUCUUCCGCCAUAAAGACAAACACAAUGACCAUCAUCGACAGGAGUCACCGCCGCCGGCGCACCUUGCGCAGUCAACUUACCCUCCACAGUCGUCGUAUCCUUCGCAACCGUCGGCGUACCCUCCGCAGUCAUCUUACCCUCCCCAAUCGUCUACGUACCCUCCGCAGUCAUCUUACCCUCCCCAAUCGUCGUACCCACCCCAAUCGUCGACGUACCCUUCACAGCCAGGGUAUCAGCCGCAGCCAGGCUAUCGUCCUCAACCAGGGUAUCAUCCACAGCCAGGGUAUCAACCGCAGCCGGCGUAUCAGCACCAUCCAUCUCCCGCCGGCCACUACGCCGGCGAGGUACACAACCCCUCCGUUAGAAUCUACACCAAAGCCGAUGAGAACUACUCCCUCUCAGUACGCGAAGGCACCGUCAUCCUUGUUCCUACGAAUCCCCGUGAUGAAAACCAGCACUGGUACAAAGAUUUCCGCUGGGCCAACCAGGUGAAGGAUGAAGAAGGUCUCCCUGGCUUUGCGCUGGUUAACAAAGUUACUGGUUUGGCCAUCAAGCACUCUCUUGGCCCAAAACACCCUGUUCGUCUGAUACCAUUCAAUCCUGAAUUCAUGGAUGAGUCGAUUCUGUGGACGGAAAGCCAUGAUACCGGAGAGGGCUAUCGCUGCAUCAGAAUGGUGAAUAAUAUAAGGCUUAAUUUUGAUGCCUUCCAUGGCGAUAAGGAUCAUGGUGGCGUUCAUGAUGGAACCACAGUUGUGCUUUGGGAGUGGCUUAAAGGGAAGAAUCAGAGGUGGAAGAUUGUCCCUUACUACUGUAAGUUUCCUCAUUUCUUUCAUGUUUCAGAUCAACUGCUUGGUUCUUCAGUUCUUGCUUUAAAUUCUUCUGCUUUUUUAUAUCCUGCACUAUUAGAGAAGAAAGAUGCAGAGAUGAAAGAAAGAGAUAUCAGGGAAAAACAUAAUGCAUUGCUCGACAGCUUCCCAAUACAUUCUGUGUUAUAUAGAGUUCAUAUGGAGAAGAUGACAAAGACCGUUGGGUCGUUGGUUGCUGGAGCAGAGGUGCCGCCGACUGCUCAGGUGUAA